AUGAGGGCUUCGUUCCUGCUCGCCCUUUCGGGAUGGGCUGCUAUUUCAUCGGCGGCCCUCCAUGUUGCGCAGAAUGAGACCUAUAUCACGCUCGCCAACGACCGCCUUACUGCCGUUCUUCAGAAGAGUGUUGGUCAGAUCGUUGAUCUCUCUCUAGAUGGCCAAGAUCUAUUGGGCCCCAAAUCCGGGUCUACAGGUAUCGGCCCAUAUCUUGAUUGCUAUUGCAUUCCCUCGGGCUUUUACACUGCUGGAGCCACAACCCCAAGCAUGGAAGUUGUCCAGGGCACAGAUUCAACAGGAACAAAAUAUGGAGGCAUGAUUCUGACUGAUACCUAUACACCAACGGGCCAACAAUUCCAACAAUACUGGUUUUUGCGGGAUGGUGAGACUGGUUUGCACAUGUUCAGUCGAUUGACCUACCACAACGAGACCACCCCUUAUCUGCGCAAUCUCCAAGAGUUCCGAACUUUGUUUCGUCCAAACAGUGAUCUGUGGACACAUCUGACAUCUAGCGAGAUUCAGACUGCUCCUUUGCCAAGUAAGGAUGCGAUUGCGAAUGAAAUUGUGGUCCAAGAUGCGACGUGGACAUUUAACAACACACCAACCGACGCGUACUACACUCAAUUCUCAGACUAUUUUACCAAAUAUACUUUCUCCAACCAAUGGAGAAACAACAGUGUUCACGGUAUGUAUGCUGAUGGAAGCACGUCCACCGGGGCAACUUAUGGUGCAUGGCUGGUGAUGAACACCAAGGAUACAUAUUAUGGUGGUCCACUUCAUUCCGACUUGACAGUCGAUGGUAUCGUUUAUAACUACAUCGUCUCCAAUCAUCAUGGAGAGGGCACGCCGAACAUCACGAACGGAUUUGAUCGAACAUUCGGUCCCCAGUAUUAUCUUUUCAAUGGUGGCAAGGACUCUUCAGCAUCUCUGGAAGAUCUGCGAUCCGAAGCAGAGGAAUUGGCAAAUCCACACUGGAACGCCGCAUUCUACGACUCAAUCGCCAAGCAUGUGGUCGGAUAUGCCCCUUCCAGCCAACGAGGCAGUGUGAAAGGAACCGUGAAGCUUCCCAAAGGCGCUACCCGCCCAAUUGCCAUUCUCACAGUUGACGGACAAUAUUUCCAAGAUAACAGCGUAGUGCCAAGCUCCUAUCAAUACUGGACCGAUAUUAACAAAGAUGGAAGCUUCAGCAUUGACCGAGUCAAAGAAGGGAAAUACCGGCUCACGAUUUACGCGGAAGGUAUCUUUGGAGACUUUAUUCGGGAUGGAAUCAUCAUUCGCGCAGGAAAACAGACAUCAGUCCGCGAUAAAUGGGAGCCAGAGUCCGCAGGAACUGAGAUCUGGAGAAUUGGAAUCCCAGACAAGUCAUCUGGAGAGUUCCGACGAGGCAGUGCGAGAGAUCCUACCCAUCCACUCCACCCACCUGAGUACCUUAUCUAUUGGGGAGCGUAUGACUGGCGUGCCGACUUCCCGAAUGGUAUCAAUUACACCAUCGGAACGAGUGAUCCGGCCACAGACCUAAGUACUGUGCACUGGUCAGUCUUUGGUCCCACGGCUGGAGAUUCAUACGUCGAGUACGACACAACCUACGACUGGGACAUCCACUUCACACUUACCUCGAAACAGCUAAAAAAGCGCAAGACCGGCACCUUGACACUACAGCUCGCAGCUGUGAAGACCGCGUCGGGUAAUACUGACGUGUAUAGCUCGACAGAGCCAUAUACGAAUUUAUCUUUGGAGAGUUAUAUUAAUGACCAGUCGGAUCCUCUUACUAUGGUUAUUGGAUUCAAUCAGUCGAGUAGUUGUAUUGUACGCUCGGCUGUGAGCUGUUAUCAGGUUGGGUCGAAAAUGGAGUUCCCUGCGAAUUGGCUGCAUGUGGGAGAUAAUGUUCUCCGACUGCAUUUGCCUUAUAAUGCGACUGAUACAGAGACUGCCAUUCUUCCGGCAAGUGUCUAUGUGCAAUAUGAUGCAAUCCGGUUGGAGCUACAGUGA